AUGGAUGAGGAGAUGCAACAGUUGUGGCGUAAUUUUACACUUGUCGAUGAGGAGAGUCUUGGAGUUCAUCUUCUAGAUCAAGGAGAUGGUGAUUUUGGGGAGAAAGACAAGUUGUGUUUCUUUGGUAAAGUUCUAUCAAUUAAUCUUUACAAUAAGAUGGCUUUCAAAACUACAAUAAAAAAGGUUUGGAAUAUUAUGAAAGUGAAAUUUAUAGAGGCUAGGGACAAUCUGCUCUUUAUUCAGUUCAGUAAUAUGUUGGACAAGAAUAGAGUUCUUGAAGAGUACAACAAUGCAAAGGCCGGUGAGGAUAAAUUAUCGGUGGUGAAGAACAAUGGCGUUUCUCUGAAGAGUAGACCAGAAUCAUUGGAGCAAUCUCACAAAGUUGGGAAAGUGGUGAAUGAACUGAGUAACAUGGGAGUGAAUGGCUUAAUAUCUAGAGUUGAAGAAAUUCCUAUUACAGAGAGUAUAAGUGGGAGGCAGAAUAUGGAAAGAGGAAUGAUAGGAGAACUAAUAGAGCCUUUAAUUAACAAGCCAAUCCUUUAUUAA